CAUUUCUCUCACAAAAUUGCAACGGAGACAAAUGUUCCCCUUACAUUUUUUAUCCUCCUGUCUCUCUCUCUCUCUCUCUUAAAAAAUCUUGAAGGAGACUGUGAGCAGUGGUGACUGUGAGGAACAAGCACAAGGAAGACUUGAAGGAGACACUUGUAAAACAUUUGGAUGCUCUCACCGACAAGAUCGGAAGGAAUGUUGUGUUGCAGCUUGUUAGCACCGAUAUGGAUCCAAUACCGUGAGAACCCCUCCUCCUCCUCCUCCUCCUUAAGCCGUCGGGCCAGUUUGGUUGAGAGGAAAUCGCUUCUUCCUGCUGUGGCGGUAUCCACCCGGAUGUCAUCUGCGCUGAUUCGGCGGCUGGGGAUUGGGAGGUCACGGCUCAGGUCCAGGGAUUUCAAGAACAUGUCCAUUUUCGCCACAAUUGACAAGACGUGGCGUAAAACAGUUGACAGGGCUUCAAAGGUCUUCUUGGAGAUGCAUUACAACCAGCACAAGCGCUUGACAAAUGAUAUUGCUUAGACCAAGCUAUUUCACACUGUGGAAAUUUUUAUCUGACCUGGGGUGUUGGGAAGGAAGGAGAUCAUCAGUUAAGCUUUGUGGAGAAUAGGUGGUCGUCACAAAUCCAAGAAGUGAGACUCUGCCAUUUGGCAUUGUAUUACACUACUCUGCCUUUUCUCAACUUCACCUCUCAGUGGCAUUACAGGGAGGGGUAUAUAGGGUGCUCCAAGCCGGCUAAGGCAGCUCCAGAGGUGGAGAUAACUUCUUUUCAUCUCAAAGGGAAGAUGGACCUGAAAAAAUCAGUAGAAGAUCAAUUUUCCAAGGUUCAUCCAUGCUUGCCUGUGAACACCAGAGUCGGGAUAAUUGGUGGGGGUCCAAGUGGAUUAUCAGCUGCUUAUGCACUAAGUAAGCUUGGUUACACUAAUGUAACUGUGGUUGAGAAGUAUCACACUGUUAGUGGCAUGUGUGAAUCGGCUGAUAUUGAAGGAAAGAUUUAUGAUCUCGGAGGUCAAGUUCUUGCAGCAAACAGUGCUCCAACAAUCUUUCAUUUGGCAAAAGAAACCGAGUCUGAACUAGUUGAAUUGGACUCCCACAAACUUGCACUCAUUGACUACUCUACGGGAAAGUAUCAGGACAUCCAAGUAGCUGAUGAUUAUGUAUCUGUAAUUUCACUGACCUUAGAACUCCAGGAGAAAGCAAAGGAUUCCGGUAGAAUUGGGGUCCAUGCUGUGAGUGAUUUGGCUUCAGAUUCAACUCCUGUGUUUCUUGAGGGUCGUGGAUUCAAAUCUGUUCCCAAAUCUGUAGCUUAUGGAUACACUGCUUCUGGAUAUGGUUUUGUUCAAGACAUGUCUUAUGCUUACAUUCAUGAGUUUACCCGAAGUUCUAUGGCUGGAAAGAUCCGACGUUUUAAAGAUGGAUACAUGAGAUUUUGGCAGAAGAUCAGUGAAGCUCUGCCAAUUGAAGUGCGCUGCAACACUGAAGUAUUGGCAGUUCGACGCAGUUCAUGUGGUGUCAGCAUUGAUGUUAAAAGUAAUGACAGAGAUGUUGAAGUAAUGGAAUUUGAUAAGAUAAUUAUUUCUGGGUCUUUCCCUUUCAAGAUUGGAAAAACUUACAGAUCACCUCAAUGUUUAGCAGAAGACGAAAACCACGUAAUGGACUAUAGUGAGCUGGAAAAGGACUUGUUCAGUAGAGUACAAACUAUUGAUUACUAUACCACUGUUUUGAAGAUUAGAGGGCUGGAACAUUUGCCAGUUGGGUUUUAUUACUUCGAUGAGUUCAUGGACGAUCCUGCAACUAUAGGAAAUCCAGUUGCAAUGCAGAGAUUCUAUGCGGAGACAGAUAUUUUCCUGUUCUGGUCUUAUGGCAAUUCUGCAGAUAUUAUGGGAACAAGGGUCACAGAGCUUGCAAUGGAUGCAGUUAAAAAUAUGGGGGGGAUAGUUGAGAAAGUAGUUUUACAACGGCGAUUCAAGUACUUUCCUCAUGUAAACAGCCAAGAUAUGAAGGAAGGGUUCUAUGACAAAGUGGAGAGUCAACUUCAAGGUCAGCAGAACACUUACUAUGUAGGUGGACUUGUGGCAUUUGAGCUCACUGAAAGAAAUUCAUCUUAUGCCAUAGCUCUAGUCUGCAAGCAUUUUGCAAAUGAUAGUUCAUUGCCGACAUUCCCAUAUCUUAAGAGAAUUUUUCCACUUCAAUCAGAUCGCUGGGAUAGAAAACCCAAAGCGUUAGAAGAAUCCUCAGGAGUGAAAUUUCCUGAUUUGUGUGCACUUGAUGGCUAUCUGAAGCACUGGGGAUCUCAUAAAGUCACUCAAAAUAAAACCCUCUACACUUGGAUUAAUGAAGAAGGGGAAGGGGCGUAUCAGAGGACUUAUGGAGAACUUCAUGCCAAUGCUUCUUGCAUAGCUCGAAACCUCUUGAGAGGCCAGAAACCAGUAAUCAAGCCUGGUGACCGGGUUCUCCUGGUCCACAUCCCCGGACUUGAUUUCAUUGAUGCUUUCUUUGGGUGCUUGAGAGCUAGAGUAUUACCAGUCCCAGUUCUUCCUCCAGAUCCGCUUCAAAGAGGCGGACAAGCACUUUUGAAGAUUGAAAACAUUGCCAAAUCAUGCAAUGCAGUGGCAAUCCUAUCAACCACUGGUUAUCAUUCAGCUGUUUGGGCAGGUGCCGUGAAGAAUUUGAUCUCAUUGGCGAGUAAAAAUGGGAAAUCCUCAGCUCGCUGGCCUAAUCUUCCAUGGUUACACACAGAUUCUUGGAUUAAGAACUCCAAAAACACACUUCCAGAGGACAUAGAUUAUCCUUCUGAACCCCAGGCCAAUGAUCUCUGCUUUCUGCAAUUCACAUCAGGAUCAACUGGUGAUGCUAAAGGAGUGAUGAUAACUCAUGGAGGACUAAUUCAUAAUGUGAAGUUAAUGCGGAAAAGAUACAGUAGCACAUCAAAGACAGUCCUAGUAAGCUGGCUUCCUCAGUACCAUGAUAUGGGACUGAUAGGAGGAAUUUUUACAGCUAUGGUUAGUGGGGGAUCUGCCAUAUUAUUCUCCCCAAUUACAUUCAUCAAGAACCCCCUCUUGUGGCUUCAGAUCAUAAGCAAAUAUCAUGGUACACACAGUGCCGGCCCCAACUUUGCUUUUGAACUUGUGGUUCGAAGAUUAGAAUCAGACAAGGAUAAGGUUCGGAACUAUGAUCUUUCUUCAAUGAUUUUCUUCAUGAUCAUGAGUUUACCCGAAGUUCUAUGGCUGGAAAGAUCCGACGUUUUAAAGAUGGAUACAUGA